ACCCGGCAAAGGAAAAGACAGGCUAGAAAUGCCUUCAUGGUGCUUCAAAUGCCUCCAACUCUUCAACAAUUUUUAUGAAGAGAUAACACAACGCAUCGUUGUUGUUAGACACUCGUGGGCCUAGCGAACGGUGACAGUCUCAGUCGCCGCUGCCGUGUAUGUCGCGCGCGCUCUCUCGAAGCCGCCGGUCGAGCUCUCGAAACGGAGCAAGUUCGACGUGGAGGAGGUGGCGUCGGCAAGCCGCGCCAAACUCCGCCAUGCAUGUGUGUCUGUGUCUGUGUCCGUGUUGACUCUUGGACGGCCCGCUGGGCCCAGCCCUGCCUGCGGCCCGCCCGCGGACCCACACAUAUAUACACACCCCGGGCUGCAGCCUGCACCAGGCCUGCACCGACAUGGCCGAACAUAACCUCUCUCUGCUGGCGCUGGCGCUCGCCGUCGUCGUGGGGCCCGCCGCAGCGCAGUUCAACAACUGGCUCCAGGCUUCCAUCGCCAACUCGGUCUCCGCCAGCCUGUCGGGCGUGUCCCACACGGGCAUGACGGACAGCAUCGUCUCCGGCGUGGAGAACGGCGCCGACAACCUGCGCAAGACCCUGCAGGAGCUGAACGGCACCGGCAACAACGCCGUGGCCCUCGCGCAGGACAAGGUUCGGGACUGGUACGCCGUGCGGCUGGCGGCGAUCUGGCGCUCGCCGGUGGCGUACGCGCAGUGGCUGAACCCCGACGUGGCGGACGACGCCUGCCCCGAGGACUCCGUGCUGGGCCACCUACUCCGCGACGCCGAGCGCGAGGCGCUGUCCUGCGUGCAAGACAGGGUGCCCCGCGGCAUCCCCGACGUGCAGGCUAGCGUGGCCUCGGUGCUCGGCAGGAUCAACCAGUACAUGCUGUCCGUGCGAUCCCAGGGCGAGGAGUGCGACGAGGAGGUCGGCUUGCAGGGCGUGAUGUGCAAGGCGACUCGCCUGGCGCCGAUGGCCGGCAUGCUGGGCUCGCUUGGAGGCGACGUGGGCCGCGUGGGCGGCCAGAUCGGCGUGCUGGUGGACGGCACGGCGAGGCAGUGCACCGUGCAGGCGUCCCAGUCCCGCGAAUCCCUGGCCACGGCCGCCGCCAACGCCGCUGCCGAGUGCAUCAAGGCGACGGGAGGCAACGCGGGCAACAUGGAGACGGCCAGGUACUUCACCAACUGGAAAAACUCCAACAAUCUCAUCACGAUCCGUUGACGGCGUGGCGGCCACUCGGGCGUUCACUUCUGCGUUUCUCUUCAAUCCCUCACCUUGAUGAACUUCGGGACUUGCACCCCGUCCGGGCCGGCGUCGCCAUCCCAGGCUGUGGUGGUUGGACUGGCAGCUCCGCGGGCCGAGCGUGGCGGCCGUGGCUCGUGUGACGCCGCCGCCAACGGAAGAUUCUACGGAGUCAGGAUCGGACGAGCACCUGCUGCCUGCCGCAGACAACUUCGGCCGCCAGCUUUUACCGCACCACAACGACCAUCAGGGCUACGGCCAUCGUGGCCACCGAACCAGCAGGCCGCAGACCUCCACGACCAGGACCUGGAAAACCAAAGCCAGGCGGGUCGUCAGGCGCCGGACCACGCUGCAUAUUUCCGCAAAAUAAAAGUAGUGACCCCGAC